AUUAUUAGCAUAUGGGCUAAUUGUUUUGAAGUCAUCUUACCGAAAGAUGAUUUUUCACAUUAAUAGCUCACACAACAAUGAAAACUGUAGGAAAAUUAGGGAGGAGAAAUAGCAAGUAAAAUAAAAAGGUAUUAUGGUCCCAAAUGAAAUUUCUUUGAAAUUGCCUUAACUUUUGUACAAAAGUGAGAGUGAAUAAGAAGCAAAACAAAAGAGGAAAGUGAGUUAUAAGUGUGAUAAAAAGAAGAAUGGUAGUUGUUCUAUUCAUUCAUUCUUCAAUAAAACUACAUUUAGAGUUUGGUACUUGCUAACUUUAUAUCUUCUCUAUUCUUCCACUCUUUUCCUUCUUCUUCAUUUAACAAAUAAAAUGGAGUGUGUAAUUAAGAACACCUUUUUCAUGUUCAUGACGGUGAUUUCUGUAUUAGUAUUUGUUAAUGGCGGAAAUCGGGUCGAGGCCCAAGUUCACCAUGUAGUCGGGCAAGAUCCUGGUUGGGAAGUUGCUACUAAUAUCGCUUCAUGGGCUUCGGGCCGGAACUUUUUUGUUGGGGACUUCCUAUGGUUUAGCUACUCAAAUAGCUUGGACAAGGACUAUGUAGUAGAGGUAAAGAGCAAAGAAGAAUUUGAGUCGUGUGAUGUAAGCAAUCCAAUCAAGAUGUACACCAACGGUCUAGAUCAAAUCUCUCUUCAAGAGGAAGGAAUCCGCUACUUCGCAAGUGCAAAUCCUGACAAGUGUAAGAAAGGAUUGAAGCUUCCUGUUCAGAUCAAGUCCAAAUCAACGGCUGAUUUUCAAUCAUCAUCAUCAUUUGAUAAUGUCUUAGCAAAAGAACCCACAUCUCCAUCUUCUUCUACAAAAAUUUGUGGGUCCAUAUUGAUGAUCAUUGGUGCAAUAAUUAUAUAUCAAAUGGGUAUUUAGUUAUUAUUAUUACAAUAUUAAUCUUUAUAGUUAAUUAAUUUUCUUUUUAGAGUAUAUGUACUAUCUUUAGAAAUUGCUUUUUCGGAAUGCUUUAUUGAUGUGUUGAAAUUAUGCUAUGUCUCACCUAAAUAGAAGUACUAUAUUAGUCUAAAGUUUACUA